UACUAAGAAGAAUCUCUUGAGACCAAGUUACAGUCAAUGCUUUGCUUGUGUCGAAAUUCGUCUCGAGCAAGAUAAGAUAAAGACGGAAUAAACAAAAGAAGAUACGCAAGUUAAUGCCAUGGAGUUGCUAACAUUUUUAAAAACAUCAAAGGGGACUGUUUUAGCUGUUGAAAUGCUCCUGUGUCUCCUUGUGGUUAUUUGUAAAGCAGCUUAUGGAUGCUUCAUAUGGAGCGGCAUUGUAGAGCUGGUCUGGGCCGUGGUCACAUUUUUUGUUUAUGCCAUGGAUCUAUACAAAACCCUGGUGUUUUUCCCAUGGACGGACUUUUUUAGAGCGAUUACAGGCUCACUUUUUCUUUUUAUUACCUCUCUUCUCUGUUUUGUCUGGAAUCCGUCACUGGCAGCAGAGGUUGUUGGCAACGUUUUUGGUUUGCUAGCAGCAGUGUUGUUUGGAUAUGAUGCCUACAACAUUAUCAAAGACAUCAAAAACAUUAAAGAGCAGGGUGGUAACGUUGGUAAUGUGGUGAUAUUUUAAAAGGAUUAAAAGGAACUAAGUGGGGAAAACUAAAAGCUCCAACCUAUACUUUCACCCAUACAAGUGUUUUGGUCGUUUGUCCAUUCCCCAAAUACGACUAUCAGAUUCCUCCAUUUACUAAAUUAGCGCCUCUACCAGCAGCAGGUGAAACUUAAUUAUAUGAAAUGAUAUAUUGGGGUAUAUUUUAUAUAGAUUUAUAUGAAAAAAAGACAGAAAAGUGAUCACAAUUGGUAAUAUCAGAUCCAGUGUACACUCGUUAAAAAACUGUGGUCAGAAGCAGCAGUGAUGCAUCAUAGUGUUCUGGAUUAUGUUUGAUUCAGAGCUAUUUAGAAAGAGAGUUCAAAGAAAGUUCAAAAAGCUUGUUCGUAACGAUUCAGACUUCAGUUCCUAGAAGUUUAUAGUGAGCCUUUGAAAUACAUUUAGUUAGAGGCAAAGAGCUGUGUUUUUUCCUAAUAAUAGUCAAGAAAUGCAUUGAUUUACAAUAUUUAUAUAUCACACCAGUGGCGAGGCCAGAAAUUGAAACUGAGUGGACCUCACUGAAAUAGUGUGUACCUCAAUGCCUACUUUCAAAUUAUAUAUUUUUUAAAAUAUAGGAGUGGUUAAACGGAUUACAUGAAUUUUUUUGAGUCCAAGACUGGUGUUUCAAGAUAAUUUUGCUUGCAUUUGUCCUGUCAAGCGCAUAAAGAUUCUGUGUUUGUGCGCUUAUGAGUGUGUGUCCAUUUGAGUAUGUGUGCGUCUGUAGGCACAAAAAAAUGCUCACUUCAACAUCUUGCACUCAAAUAGUUUAAAGUAGUAUAUAUAUGUAGUUACAGCAACAACUUUUUUUUACAAAUAAAAUCCACUAGAAAGAUUAGUAUGUUCAGCCGCUGUUAUGUGCCUUGUUAACCUGUUUUACACUGCCUCCAACAACUUUAAAGCUUUUAAAAAAACACACUUAUUUUUAAAAACGUCACAAGUAUAAAAACUUUUAUCACUUUCAUCACAUUUAGUCUUUUCUGCUGCAGCUCUAUUGAGCUGAUAGUAACUUCUGGGAACUUUCAUGAAGAGAAAUUGCUGUAAAAAAUAAACGGUUUAAUUGGAGUGAAUGGAGUUGAUGCGACUCCCUUUCUAAAUGGCUCUUGUUUGAAUGAGAUCUGAAUGUAUAUGUUGCAUUUAUGGACGUCUUCAUAUAAAGUGAUUGCAUGGCUUCAGUUUUCAAGGCUUGUUAGGCGCAUUGUUUGGAAUAGUUUUCUACUGUUGUUUUUUUAGUCAAUUUAUGCAUUAAAAACCUGUGACUGUA